UUCAGUAAUUUGGAACUGAAAAAGGCGCAACUGAAGUUCGUUAACUAUAAAAUGGAGAUUUCUGUUGUAUUAUUGUUAUAUAGUUUGUGCGGGCUCUUAUAGGAAGCGACAUACUAAACAAGAGCUUCUGUUGUUUGGCGGGAAAGUUGUGAAUUGCAGAUACGAGUUUUAACGCUCUGAAUUUUCUUUUUUUUUUUUUUUUUUGGGGGCGCGGAAAUGGCUGAUCCAUUGCAUGCUUCAUCUCCUGCCAGUUUCUGGACUCAGGCCAACGCUUUGUUAAGAAAGAACUUAACCUUCCAGAAACGGAAUAUCUGGACCAACAUCAGGCUCAUUUCAAUCCCAAUUGUCCUAUGUCUGCUACUUGUUGUCAUCCAAAUCUUGUUUGAGACCCAAUUCAAGGAUUCCACUGAGUGUGGCUGUGGGUGUAUCGACACAAAUGGGGAUGGUCAAUGUGAGAGAACCUGUGGUUUGCUCUCAUCUUUGAGUCAGGCAGCAAAUUGUCCCAUUCCGAGUCCCCCAGAGUGGCCGCCAUUAUUACAAAUACCAGCUCCUGAGUAUCGUGCUGUAAGAACUAGUUUUCUUCCGUCUAAAGACUUGCCAAAUGCAUCAUGCAGGAAUUCAGGAUCAUGUCCUGCAACUACACUUCUUACUGGGAGUAAUCAGUCACUUGGAGAAACUCUUUCUGCGAAUAUGUUCUCUAAUCUUUUUCCUCUCAGUUCUUCUGGUGUUGCGAGUAGUUUAGCCAACUUCGUCCUGGGUACUGCUUCUGAGACCACUUUUUCCAAUUUCCUUGAUCCUGCAUUCUUUGCAUCUCGUCCCAUCUAUAACAUUCAACGCCAGUGCACAGCAAACUCUACAUUUUCAGUUCCCAUUCAAGAACUAGGCUUGCAACAAGAGGUGAGAUGUGCUCAAGGUCUAUAUUUGUGGCGUAAUACUUCUUCCAAGGUGAAUGAUGAGCUAUUUAAGGGUUACCAUAGAGGCAAUUCAGAGGGAAAGAUAAAUGAGAUUGUUGCAGCUUAUGAUUUCUUGAACUCAAAUAGAUUUAAUUUCAACGUGACCAUCUGGUACAACUCAACAUAUAAGAAUGAAUCAGGGAAUGUACCCCUUGCAUUAGUGCGAGUUCCACGCUCGGUUAAUCUGGCAUCCAAUGCAUAUAUUCAGUUUUUGAAAGGUCCCGGGACGCAAAUACAAUUUGACUUUGUUAAAGAAAUGCCCAAGCCGGAAACUAAACUCAGACUGGAUAUUUCAUCCCUUAUUGGUCCACUUUUCUUUACAUGGGUUAUUCUACAGCUAUUCCCAGUGAUUUUGACGUCUCUGGUUUAUGAGAAACAACAGAAAUUGAGAAUCAUGAUGAAAAUGCAUGGACUUGGUGAUGGACCUUAUUGGAUGAUUUCGUACGCGUAUUUUCUUACGACGUCCAUACUCUACAUGCUAUGUUUUGUGAUAUUCGGCUCGGUGAUAGGGUUGAACUUCUUCAGGCUUAAUAACUAUGGCGUCCAAUUUGUUUUUUACUUUAUCUAUAUAAACCUCCAAAUUGCAGUGGCUUUUCUAGUAGCGGCAGUGUUUUCAAAUGUUAAGACAGCUACAGUUGUAGCAUACAUAUGCGUUUUUGGAACUGGGCUCUUGGGUGUCUUCCUUUUCCAAUUCUUUCUUCAAGAUCCUUCAUUCCCAACGAGGUGGAUUGUUGUACUUGAGUUAUAUCCUGGCUUCGCUCUGUACCGUGGGUUAUAUGAGUUUUCACAAUAUGCCUUCUUGGGGAAUUUUAGGGGGACUGAAGGGAUGCAAUGGAGCGAUAUUGGUGAUAGUGGGAUGAAAGAAGUCCUUCUUAUUAUGCUAGUUGAGUGGUUGGUGGUGCUUAUUGUUGCAUAUUAUGUAGAUCAAGUUUCUUCUUCAGGAAGUGGAAGAAAUCCUCUAUUUUUCUUGAAAAAGCUUCAGAAGAAACCUCUAUCUUCUUUUAAAAAGCCUAUUUUUCAAAGCCAGGGGUCAAAAGUGUUUGUUCAGAUGGAGAAACCAGAUGUCAGUCAGGAGAGAGAAAAGGUUGAAGAAUUGUUACUUGAAUCAAGCACAAGUCAUGCCAUACUAUGUGACAACCUUAAGAAAGUGUACCCAGGGAGGGAUGGGAACCCUGCAAAAAUUGCUGUAAGAGGAUUAUCUCUUGCUUUGCCUCGAGGGGAAUGCUUUGGUAUGCUGGGUCCAAAUGGUGCAGGCAAGACGUCUUUUAUUAGUAUGAUGAUUGGACUCACAAAGCCAACAUCUGGGACAGCAUUUGUUGAGGGUCUGGAUAUACGAACCGAUAUGGAUGGAAUAUAUACUAGCAUGGGCGUAUGCCCACAGUACGACUUGCUGUGGGAAACCCUGACAGGAAGAGAGCAUUUACUAUUUUAUGGCAGACUUAAGAAUCUGAAAGGUUCUGCUCUGACACAAUCAGUUGAAGACUCUCUUCGGGAUGUCAACCUAUUUCAUGGAGGAAUUGCUGAUAAACAAGCUGGGAAGUACAGUGGAGGUAUGAAGAGGAGGCUUAGUGUGGCCAUUUCAUUGAUCGGGAAUCCUAAAGUCGUUUAUAUGGAUGAACCCAGUACUGGACUGGAUCCAGCCUCAAGGAAUAACUUAUGGAAUGUUGUUAGGCGUGCAAAGCGAGACCGUGCAAUUAUUCUCACAACUCAUUCAAUGGAAGAGGCUGAGUUCCUGUGUGAUCGAUUAGGAAUUUUUGUCGAUGGAAGCUUGCAGUGCAUAGGAAAUCCAAAAGAGUUGAAGGCUAGAUAUGGAGGAUCUUAUGUGUUUACCAUGACAACUUCUGCAAACCAUGAGGAAGAAGUGGAGCACUUGGUGCGGCGUCUUUCUCCAAAUGCUAAUAAGAUAUAUCAUAUAUCUGGAACCCUGAAAUUUGAGCUACCGAAACAUGAUGUUCGAAUUGCUGAUGUCUUCCAAGCUGUUGAGAACGCAAAGAGCAAGUUCACAGUGUUUGCAUGGGGUUUGGCUGAUACCACUCUUGAGGAUGUGUUUAUCAAGGUUGCUCGUGGAACUCAGGCCGUCAAUGAUUUGUCAUGAUUGUAAGAUUCGUUAUAAUAGAUUGAGAUAGUUUUUCUAUGUACACUCUAGUUGGCUUCGCUGCAGUUGUUCUCAAUUCAUAAAAUUAAUAAA